GUAUCUAAGAGACACGUCACCGGCACAGAGGUUGUCAGUGUUUUUGGACACGUCCUUUCGUGACAACUUUUAGCGAAAAUUAACACCAAACUCACUCAGCUGGAUAUUUUUACAUUUAAAUCAACGCCUGACACCUGCAGCUACCUUCAAGAUGGCGGUGGUGGAGCAGCCCUGCUACACCCUCAUAAACAUGCCCUCGGACUCGGAAGCCCCCAAUGAAAUGCAACUCAGGAGUGAUCUAGAAAAGGGGGACAUGAAGGUCAAGAUCGACGCUCUGAAGAAGAGCAUCCAGCUGAUCCUGGCCGGCGAACGACUGCCAGGUCUGCUGAUGACGGUGAUCAGGUUCGUGUUGCCCCUGCAGGACCACACCAUCAAGAAACUGCUCCUCGUCUUCUGGGAAAUCGUGCCCAAAACCACGUCAGAUGGCAAACUGAUGCAGGAGAUGAUCUUGGUGUGCGACGCCUAUAGAAAGGACUUGCAGCACCCCAAUGAGUUCAUCAGGGGCUCCACUCUGAGAUUUUUGUGCAAGUUGAAGGAACCAGAGCUGCUGGAACCUUUGAUGCCGGCCAUAAGGGCGUGCCUUGAACACCGACACUCGUACGUUCGGAGAAAUGCUGUGCUGGCUAUCUUCACCAUCUACAGAAACUUUGAGUUUCUUAUCCCUGAUGCUCCUGAGUUGAUCUCAAACUUCUUGGAAGGAGAGCAAGAUAUGUCGUGCAAGCGAAAUGCAUUCCUGAUGCUGCUUCACGCUGACCAGGAAAGAGCAUUAGCUUACCUGGCGGCUUGCCUGGACCAGGUGGCUUCCUUUGGUGACAUUCUUCAACUGGUCAUUGUUGAGCUGAUUUACAAGGUUUGCCACGCAAACCCGAGUGAACGGUCCCGUUUCAUCCGGUGCAUUUACUCGCUGCUCAACUCGCAAAGCGCUGCUGUGCGCUACGAAGCUGCCGGCACACUGGUGACCCUGUCGAGCGCUCCAACAGCCAUCAAGGCUGCUGCUUCGUGCUACAUUGAACUGAUCGUCAAGGAGAGCGACAACAACGUGAAGCUGAUCGUCCUUGACAGGCUGAUAGCCCUCAAGGACCAUCCAUCGCACGAGAGGGUGCUGCAAGAGCUGGUUAUGGACAUUGUCCGCGUGCUGGCCAGCCCUGAUUUGGAGGUGCGACGCAAAACCCUGGCUCUGGCCCUCGAGCUGGUUUCCUCCAGGAAUAUCGAAGAGCUGGUGUUGGUGCUGCGCAAGGAAGUGGCCAAGACGCACAACAGCAUUGAGCAUGACGAGACUGGCAAAUACCGCCAGCUGCUGGUCAGAACCCUGCACGCCUGCUGCGUCAAAUUCCCUGACGUGGCCGCCACCGUGGUGCCUGUCCUGGUCGAAUUCCUUUCAGACAGCAAUGAGUUGGCUGCAUCAGAUGUGCUUGUGUUCCUCAGAGAGGCAAUACACCGAAUUGAGAAUCUGCGUCCACUUGUAAUCGAACAUUUACUGGACGCAUUCCCUUCCAUCAAGUCCGCAAAGGUGAGCCGCGCUGCUCUUUGGAUUCUCGGCGAGUACGCCAGCACUGAAGACGAUAUCCAGGCUGUCAUGAGUCAACUGCGCCAAACUCUAGGAGAGAUUCCCCUUGUCGAGGAUGAACUGAAAAAGGCUUCAGGAGAAAAAACCGACGAGGAGUCCACCUCGUCAAUGUCUGUGCAGAAGCUUGUGACCUCUGAUGGCACCUACGCCUCUCAGUCUGCAUUUAACACAACAAGCUCUGCCAAGAGCAAAGAGAAUCGACCACCUCUGCGCCAGAUGCUGAUGGAUGGCGAGUUCUUUGUCGGAGCUGCCCUUGGCACCACACUGACCAAGCUUUCCCUGCACUACGCAUUAAUCGUGAAUGACGCCAAAAAGUGCAACAGAUUUUGCGCAGAGGCCAUGCUCAUUCUGGCUUCAGUUCUGCACCUUGGCCGCUCUGGCUUGCCCACCAAGGCAAUUACAAACGAUGAUGCUGAUCGUCUUUGGACGUGUCUGCGAGUCCUGGCCAACGGGGAACGUCCUGCCAAGAUCUCUUCAGUAUUUGAAUUGGAGUGCAGAAAAGCUUUGGCAACCAUGCUGACAGCGCAGGCUGACGAGGAAGCCAACGCUCAGCGGGCCAAAGAAAAACCUGGCUCUGUGGUGCAGCCUGACGAGCCUGUCAAUUUCGGGCAGCUCGCUCCCAAAAACGACCUUGGAGGGCAAGAGAACGUCUUUGAUGCCAGUCUAAGCCAAGCCAUGGGCCUGGCUAGGAAAGAGGACACUUCCAUUGCUGCUGCCUCAAAACUAAACAAGGUUACUCAGCUGACUGGCCUCUCCGAUCCCGUCUACGCUGAAGCAUUGGUGCAUGUGAACCAGUACGAUAUUGUUCUGGAUGUGUUGGUGGUCAACCAAACAGACGACACUUUGCAAAACUGCACCCUGGAACUCGCCACCCUGGGCGACUUGAAGCUCGUAGAGAAACCGCAGCCUGUUGUCCUGGCACCAAGGGACUUUUGCAAUAUUAAAGCCAACGUGAAGGUGGCGUCCACUGAAAAUGGAAUUAUCUUCGGGAACAUUGUAUACGAUGUCAGCGGCUCGACAUCUGACAGAAAUGUCGUGGUGCUGAACGACAUACACAUUGAUAUCAUGGACUACAUUGUACCAGCAAGCUGCACCGACACCGAGUUCAGGCAAAUGUGGGCAGAAUUCGAGUGGGAAAACAAGGUUUCUGUCGUCACGAGCGUGUCAGACCUCCAUCAGUACCUUGUGUUGCUCCUCAAGAGCACAAACAUGAAGUGUCUCACGCCUGAAAAGGCUCUCUCCGGCGAAUGUGGCUUCAUGGCAGCAAACUUGUACGCACGCUCUAUCUUUGGCGAAGACGCUCUGGCCAACUUGAGCAUUGAGAAACCUUUUGGCAAGCCUGACGCCCCUGUUGUUGGCCACAUCAGGAUUCGUGCCAAGAGUCAAGGCAUGGCGUUGAGUCUGGGAGACAAAAUCAACAACACGCAGAAAUCGCCCAACCGAGCAUCAGCCAAUGCUUAACUAUUCCUUCUGCAUUAUUUCAUUGUGUUGUUUACUAUCUCGUUUCACAAUGUUUCGUUAUUCUAUAGCCGCGUUAAUAAAGCAUGUUUUGUAUAGUCUUCUUUGGACCAGA